AUGAGUGGUCCCAUCAUUGCCUUCAUCGAUUGCUCCGCGGGUAUCGCAGGCGACAUGCUCUUGGGUGCGCUAAUCGACGCUGGCGCGCCUGUGGAAGAGAUCAAACGCGGACUUGAGUCAUUACACGGGAUAAAGGGCGAAUGGGGGCUUAGUGCUAGCAGAACUCAAUUUAUCAUCACAAAGAAGCGGGGGCUCCAACGCUGGGCGAAGCUUUGCACCAUCAUCAUAGCCACAGCCGGGGGCACAAUCAUGGACAUGUUGAUGUUACGUACACUUCCGUUAACAGUGAGGAUGUAG